UGUUUCAGAAGAACCCAAAGGAUAAACUCUAUAUUGCACUAGAGACAACAAAAAAGGUCGCGCACGGUAUCGAUCUUGAAGCUUAUCGCCACAUCUUUAAACCGCAAUGUUUUAAGAAUGCUUUUGGGGAAACAAUCGUCGACUUCUUAGAUCUCGCCAAUCCUCUAGUUGCGAAAAAUGCACGGAAUGUAAUUGACCGUUAUUAUUAUCAUACCCUUAACAACCCCACCCAUCAGUCUAAACAAUUCGCCAGUAAUAUGAUAGAACACUUUUGCAGUUUCACCGAUAGCAACAACGAACCUUACACUACUGCCAAUACUGCGUCUAGCCAUUGCCAAGAACAUCUCACGUGCGUUCAGGAACUAAUUCAAGGGCUCCAAUCACUCUCAGAUAUAGUCAACAAUUAUUUUCAUAAUACCUAUCCAACCCUAUAUACCAAGAUGAAAAAUCUCAAUCUCGGGCCAAAUCUAGCGCUAAAACACAUAUUUUCCAUUCAUAGAUUUGGAACGCGCAAAAAAAAGGUUUACCAGCACGGUAUAAGAAAUAAUGUUUUUGUGAUGGAUUUAAAUUUGGAAUUUAUUGCCACUUAG